AUGGCAUACGACAGCAGUCAAGGAGGGCCAGCCCCAACGACUCGUUACGGUGAAGGACUCCAUCUUAGAGCGCUAAAUUGCGAGAAAGGAUCUGAAAGGUACCCCAUAGCAGAUGAUUCACUCGGCCCACGGAUUUCUCGUUGGCGCUGUAAUCUGACUGCACUUUCCCGACGACGGAACCUGUUCUUCGUCGCUUGCGGCCAUCAAAUCUAUGUCUGGGAACCCGCGGGCGGCUUACAGACACUAGGACCCAAGCCGGAGAUGAUUAUCACGCCAGUCAUGAAAGAGCCCCGUGGUGAAGGGUACAUCCAACCCGGUUUUCCCCAUGAUAUCAACAGUAUCCUUGUGGACGAUCUCGGCCGCGAAGAAGUCCUGCUCCUGGUCACAGAUUCAGGAAAUGUAUGCGGGUAUCGCGUCGAAGCCAUAUUUUCGUCCUUGAAAAGAGCUACUGAAGCUGGGAAAACCAAACCUCUGGAUGGUGCCGAUGUGGACCCUUUCUUUCUCGAAUAUGUUGAUAGCAGCGCUUGGGGCAUCGCCAUUCAUAAGUUCGCUCGACUAAUUGCAGUGACGGCCAACACGGGGCUUGUUACUGUCUUCGCUUUCGCACUCGUGGGUUCGGUGCCAGGGGCCGGUGAAGAUGUUGUACCACAGCCCGAUGGGGAUGAUGAGUUCACAGACUAUGGACACACCUGGAUACACAUCAAGUCCAGUGAACAAUUUAGCCAUCUACGGCAGCUUAUGCCGGACAGGCACCGCACACGGAAUAUCAAGUUGACCUACACAGGGCAUUUUUCUAAUAUUCCGUCCGUCACUUUCCUGAACUGCGACCUAGACCCCAAUGGGAUGUGGAUGGUCAGCACGGAUAUUGACAAUAAAGUCCUUGUUUGGAAGGUUUGGGAUAGUCUUGGUCCAUUCAACAUAUAUUACUUCAACGAUGACACGUUCAGGACGUUCCCAAACACACUACGCAAUGAUGAUCGUGGCUGGUCUGUUAUUGCCCUUGACCCGCGGACUUUUCAUCUGCUCAAAUCCACGGAAGAAGCAUGUGGCGGCCAGCCGCAGAGGCGUGUAAGGGAUGGACAGGCCGUUCUUGAUCUAACAAAACUGAGCAGUAGAGUGCCUGACGCGUCAAGAGUAUACAACUACUUCCCUCCUGCAGUCAAAGCGGAGCAAGAGGAAACGGUCCUACCUGAUAUUUUUGGAGCAGACUGUCUUAUCAGUGGCAGCGACACUCAAGCAAAAAGUGAUUCUCAAGCUGCACCUACUCCAAAUAUACCGAACUUGCGCCCCUCUGAGUCCGCAGACGCCUUCAGCCAUCAAGCUGUCAAUGGGUCCUUCCACGCAGACAGCUUGAGUGAGGAUAGCGCCUCUGACUCGGGUGUCAACACAGGUAGCACGCAAGCUCCCAGUCAUAACGAGUUUAUACGCGCCCUGGUCGAAGCACAUGACGACCCCGGUACUCCCAUUCCUCCUGGCCACGGGCCACUGACAACGCCAGAAUUCCUCCAGUUUGCUCUCCUCGAAGCACUCGGUGGUGACGUCUAUGAAGUCGAGGCACUCCUCGGUGAGAACUUGGCCCAUGAUUCGGAUGAAGAAGACCCUUACUUCCAGGACGAGGGAAUGGAAGAUGCAGACGCAGACGACCCCUCCGACAGCGAGGAGCUACUUGAAACGGGAACCGCCACAUACCACGUCUUCGACCCCCCAACCCCUUCCUCCUUCCCAAUCCUCCACUUCUCGCACACAGACAUCCGCCUAAUUCCGCACCCGUUCGCCUCAAAUCCCACCGUCGUCUGCGGUGGCCCCCUCCGCCAGCCCUUCACCCACCCCAUCGCCUCAAUCCGCGGCUUCGACCGCUUCAACAUGGUCCAGUACAUCCCCGAGCACGGCAUCGUCGUCGCCGCCUCUCAGAAGGGCCGAGCCGCCGUGAUUGCCCUAACCGAGUCCCGAACAUCGGGUCCUACAUUUCGCAUCGAUUGGAUCGUCCCGCUGGAGAGCCAGGAGAAGUACGGUGAACGACCGCUUGUCCCUCUGCUAGGAAUGGCUGUUGCCCCGAUGCAGGGGUUCGAGGUUAUGCCCGAUGUCGCUUGGAUCCAAAGAGACGGCCAGGACGCUGCCGAUGAUGAUGCCAACGCACAACUCCGUUUCCAGUAUAGGGACUCGAAUAUGCAUGUACCCAAUACGCCUGGUGCUUCAAAUACCAACACUGCACAUACCAUGAGCCCGGGCUUACGAAGCCCGCGGGGGCCCAAACCGAGAAGUCCUGACCCUCACCCUCAGUCUCGUUCCUACAACCACCCUCACAACCGUCCCCAACCCCGCCUAACCCUCCCCGAAUGCCACGCCCGCGCAACACGCGCAUAUCAGCCCGAAGAGCCCUGGCGCGGGUGGAACCCCUCACGCCGGUAUCGGCUCUUCCUCACGUUUGAGGACCAUACGGUGAUGAGCUAUGAGUUCUGGUAUACGUGGGAUUCGGCUUUUGGUUCAGGUGGUUAUGCUGUAGGUGGGAGAGCGCAGGCGGGGGGUCAUGGGGCUAGUAAUGGCGGCGCUGGUGGUUAUGGUAGUAGUGGUGGAGUAGGUUGGACUGAAGAUGAGUUUUUAAUUCUUUGA